AUGUCACUAGGAGUAUCAUCCUCCUCUUCCUCUCCCUUGACCAACCAUCCAAGACCCCUUGCACCCAACAGAAGACGUACUUCCCAUAUGCCCUCACCACGAGCUACACCCCGACUUACGCCCGAAUCGUCGUUUGUCGAGAGCACAGAGUCGGCCAUGCUUGCUUCGCCUAGCGUGAAGGAGCUGGAUGGCACUAUGGGAGGGUUGAGGGAAAGGAGUGAAGAGGAAUUGGCCAGAGCGGGGAGGGAGGAGUUGGAAGAUGCGCUUAGGAGGGAGUGGGAGGACAAGGAGAAUCUGCUGCAACGAUUGGAACAUGUACAAGCUGAACGUCAGAGCUUGGAAGAGAAGCACGAAGAGUUGGUGAAGGGUAUUUCAGCGUUACAAAGUAAAACCGACGAAGCUUUCAAUGAACAGACUCGUAUGGAAGCUGACCUAGAAGAACGGGACGAGCUCCUUGAUAGGUUGAGAAAGCGAUUGACAGAAGCUGAGAGACUAGCUAGGGAAAGUCAGAAGAGGUAUAUCGAGCAGGAACAAACCUUUGAUAUUGAACGACAAGCUUUACAAGCCCAAGAAAACCAUUUACAACAACGUAUCAAAACCCUCUCCAAUUGCAAAAGCAGUCGGUCAACCACUCCGGUUCCCGAGGUAGAGAAUAUAGCUUCGUUGAAAGAUGAAUUAGCCUCUAUCAACUUAUCACAUUCGACCUUAUUAGCCAAGUUGAACACGUUGACUAAGGAGUUGCAUGAAUUGAAAAUAUUGAAUGAAGAGCUCCAGGAGGAGAACGAAGGUUGGGAGUUCUUGAUAAGAGAGAGGACGAUGAAUGGUAAAUUGAUGGAGAAAGGUGGAAUUCUGUCCAAUCACCUCGCCCAGGACCCGGCGAAUGAUCGAAAUGAGGAGGGAAUUGAUUCGGAAUUAGAAGAAGAGAUGAGUGAAUUGAAUUCAGAUUUAGAAAAUCAAUCUCCGAUAUUUGACGAUGAUCAUCAAUUCUUCGCUACCGACUUGGGCCAUACCGAUACCAAUGAUUUCUUGGCGCCUCCUAAACAUUCACGACGCGGUGGACGGGGAGGGAGGAACAGGACGGCGAGUCAUUCGAGUAGGAAUGAGGGUGAUAAAGGAAUGGACUUGGCUAGCGAAUUGAGUAUGGUAGAUGAUGAUAAGUCUGAUGCUGGACAGAGUAUAGCUUCGGCCAACGGAAGGAAUGCAGAAGUGAUAGCUUUACGAGCCGAGAUUAAACAACUGAAGGAAUCAAACAAAGCUCUGACGCUCUAUUGCUCGAAGAUCAUAGACCGUAUCAUCACCCAAGAAGGCUUCGAACAUGUACUUUCGGUAGACUACAAGACUCGACGAGCCGGUACCAGAUCAGCUUCCACAUCUUCUCGUCCAGCUUUGAAAGAUGUCAAUGGCGGCUCAUGGGGAAUGCCUAGUGCCUCUUCGCCGAUUUCGGAGGAACCACCCACCAUAGUGAAACCUCAGACUGAAGCUGUCAAAGAGAAGAAAGCUAGACCGUUAAGCAUGAUGGUGAGGGCCAUGACUGGACCCGCAGAAAAGACUGUAGUCCCACCAGUAACGGGCGGAACGCCAGCUGUACCAGAUGAAAUCAAGUCGGAGAAACGGGCUCGGAGAGGGUUCUCUUUAGAUUUCAGAUCAUUAGGAUUCGGUACUUCCUCUUAUACCGCACCCACCGAAUCUUCGAAAACUUCCCUAAGACCUCUUACGCUAUCUUCCAAAUCAGGCACCACAACGGGCUCGAGAUCGUCAUCCAGUACAGCUAGGAAGCUUGAGAUCCACGAGGAAGACGAGGAAGAUCGGAAGGAGAGACAUAGGAUGGAAGCUACCCUCAAACUCAUGGGGAUCAACAAAUCCACCCCACCACCUGGUAGUAUACCAGAACAGGAUGAAGAGGAAGGUGAAGGGGAAUUUCCAAUGAGUCGAGCAAGCUUCAGAGCAAGUUCAGGUAGAUCAUCCACUUCAUCACAGUCACAUUCACAUCGAUCUACACCUCUUGGUAGAUUGUCUUCUGUCCUUGGUCCCAACGAGGUUGACAACGAAUUCCCGAUUCCCAUGGAAUCGAUCGAGAAUCCCGAUCAGGCCAUAGAGGUAUUACGUGCCUUUGAUGAGAAACAGAAUGAAAGAUUGAAAGAGAUGUCGAAAGGGAAAAGAUCUUCGAUGUACACUAGUCCACCCAAGAUACAUUCCAGAAGAAUCAGUAUAGAGGAAAAGGAUCGGGAUCAGGAAAUGAGGGACAGAACGAUAAGUAAGAGUGAAAGUAUAAAGACUCUGUGGAGUUUAGGUGGUGGAGGGGAUAGUCGACCAAAUAGCGGAGAGAUCGUGAUCGAAAAGAAGUAG